GGUACAUUUCAAGUGUACAGAGGGUGGAGAUGGGAGACAGCAGGGUCCCUACAACAGGCAUUAAUCCGGUCGCCUGCUGGUCCUUCCUCCUUUUCUACGUCCCUGAGCGAGGCCGGCGUCAAGAUGAAUGACACAGUAACAGUCAGGACCCGUAAGUUCAUGACGAACCGGUUGCUUCAGAGGAAGCAAAUGGUUGUCGAUGUCCUGCAUCCCGGGAAGGCCACAGUCCCCAAGACUGAAAUCAGGGAGAAACUUGCCAAGAUGUACAAGACCACACCUGAUGUUGUGUUCGUAUUUGGAUUCAGGACUCAGUUCGGUGGCGGCAAGACAACCGGCUUUGCCAUGGUGUACGACUCCCUAGACUACGCCAAGAAGAAUGAGCCCAAACACAGACUAGCCAGACAUGGUCUCUAUGAGAAAAAGAAGACCUCCAGGAAACAGCGCAAGGAACGCAAGAACAGAAUGAAGAAAGUACGAGGCAUCAAGAAGGCCAGUGUGGGUGCUGCUGGCAAAAAGAAGAAAUGAAGUGUCAGUGUGCAGUGAGCCCGGACAGUCAGGGAGGGUCUCCGUGCUCAAGAUGUGCUUGUACAUUGUCAUCAAAUAAACUUCGGAAAAAAAACUCAA